AUGUAUAUUUACGUCUAUAACAAGAUCUUUAUCUUGUUGAUAUUUCUCUCUGGAUUCAAUUAUAUAGAUAGCUGGAACAUAAAGAAUGUAUUUAAGAAAAAGCAGCAUCUAUCUAAACAAGUACGAGUCUUAGAAGAUCAAGCUAAAAAGUCUUUUGAAAGGCCAAUACCAAAUUGUGAAGACUAUGGAAUGCAUGGAUGUGACCCAACAACUCCAGAUGCCUGCUCUGAGUGCUAUAGUAGAUGUGGCCGUCAAUGUGAGGAUUUCUUAUGGCUUUCUCUUGAGGCAAUAAAUUUUCGGAUGCUACCAAGAGCAGAGAGCCAAAAAGAGUGUAAGUUGUAUAAUGGGAAGAAAAGUACCCGAAUUUUAUGUUAUACCACAGCUGGAAGACGCCAUGUAGAUCCUACUGCUCAAAUAUUGGAAACAAUGUCGAUAACUUUGCCACAAGAUAUCGAAAAGGAAGCUGAAACAAAUGAGCUGGCUUUUGCUCCAGAGCCACUACAUAGUUUAGAAAAUGUUCCCUAUACUGAAGCAAUGCUAAAACAAAAUAAGUUAGGUGGAGAAGCUGAUGUAGAAAGUCCACAAACAGCAGUAAUGUUAAGAUCAAGUCAGAACGGACAAGUUGUAUCAUCUAGGGAUCUAGAGACAAAUUUCGCUGGUCAUCCAGCCUUACUAAAUAUAUCAAAUGCAGAGGAUUCAACACAUACUCUUAUAUUAUUUAUAUGUGGUAGUAUUAUUAUCAUAUGUCUGAUUGGAAUAUGUAGCAUAAUUAUUUAUAAGAAAAAACGAGCUUCUCGAUCAUUGUAUUAUUAA